AUGGCAAAUGGUAUUGGUAGGUGCUUACGUGAGUGGGGGAUAAAUAAGAUCUUCACUGUCACAGUUGAUAAAGCAAGCUCCAAUGAUGUGACAGUAAAAGAAUUGUCUAAGCAAUUAACAAAAAUGGGAACUAAUUUGAUGAACGGUAAUCACCUUCACGUGAGAUGUAUGGCUCACAUCAUGAAUCUUGUGGUCCAGGAUGGUUUAAAAGAAUCUUCAGUGUCUAUUGAACGUGUUAGGCAUGCAGUGAGAUAUGUUAGGCAGUCUCCUGCGAGGUUAAAGAGGUUUCAAGAAUGUUUUGAUAAUGAACAACUCAAUUGUAAAAAAACUUUAUGCUUGGAUAUUCCAACUAGGUGGAAUUUCACCUACUUGAUGUUGCGCAGGGAUGUUGAAUUUGAAGGUGCAUUUUCACAUUAUGCAUCUAGUGAAAUUGGCCUAAGACAUUAUCUUGAGCAUUCUUAUAUUGAAGAUGGAAUUCCUACAGGUGAACUUUUGAGUAGUGAUUGGGAGAAUGUAAAAAGAAUUACAAAGUUUCUUGAAAUCUUCUAUCUUCUUACUUUGAAAAUAUCUGGAUUACGUUAUGUUACAUCGAAUAUUCAUUUUCUUGAAAUUUGGGCGGUUGCUGUUUAUUUGAAGCAAUUGAUAGCAAAUGAAGAUACAGUUUUAAGUGAAAUGGCAAAGAAGAUGAAGGAAAAGUUUAAUACGUAUUGGGGUGAUCCAGGAAAAAUGAACAAGAUAAUUUUCAUCUCAUGUAUUUUGGAUCCACGUUACAAGCUCGAAUCAGUUGGUUAUGCACUUGUAAAGAUGUUUGGUAAAGAUCCGGGGGAAACUAUACAAGCAGAAGUGAAGAAGUACAUGACUUCAUUAUUUUGUGAGUAUGUAAAGAAGUCCAGCUCAAAAGGUAUCGUGCUUGCUUCAUCUUCAGAUUAUUCUUCAUUGGACACUUCUACUUCCGGGCUUUCUGACAGUCAAAUGGCUCGUGAUGUAUUAGCGGUUCCGGUUUCAAGCGUGGCAUCCGAAUAUGCGUUUAGUACGGGAGAGCGCCUUCUUGAUUCAUUUAGGAGUUCAUUAACUCCUAAAUUGGUGCAAGCUCUAGUGUGUCUUCAAGAUUGGCUUCGAAAUGAAAAAUUAAAACAACCUGUUAGUGUUGAGGAAGAUAUUGAUAAAAUCGAGCAACUUGAACAAGAUUUAGCCAGCGAUGGAAAAGACCCUUCCCGGCAGGUGCGAUCCUCGCAGAUGCGAGUUUUGUUCGCAGAAGCGGAGAGGGAAGGGGAGGCCAUCGACCGCGGAUGCGGAAUUUUGGCUCACCUGCGAACGCGCAAGUGUGAGGCAGCGCACGCAGAUGCGAAGUUGGUCCAGAUGCGACCCCUGUCCUUCUCCUUUGUUUCUAAACUAGCAGAGCUUUUUCCUACUAAUGAGUACAGAUAUGCGGCCGUUAAAACGGACGAAGCUUAG